GAAGUGUCUCACAAUUUGACUGCGUUGCAAUUCAACCCUAGUUUGGCAAUGGAUCAGGGUCAAAUUUUAUUUGAUUACGAUAUCGACAUGUCUCACGAUUUGUCUGCUCGGGAUGCCGAACUUUCGCGCGAAAAUCACGAUUUGUCUGCUCGGGAUGCCGAACGUGGAAAAUUUGCCUUUUCCAUCUACGACUUCGACGGAAAUGACACCAUGGAUGCCUUUUACCUCGGCGAUUGUUUGCGGGCCUUGAAUCUCAACCCGACGGUCGCCAUGGUGGAGAAAAUGGGUGGCACUAAAUUGCGCAAGCAAAAAGUCUUCAAACCGGAGGAAUUCUUGCCGAUCUUCGCCGAGGUGAAGAAUUCCAAGGACGAAGGGAACAUUGACGACUUUUUGGAAGUGCUCAAAUUGUACGACAAACGUGACGAUGGCACCAUGAUUUUCGAUGAACUGAAACACAUCCUUAUGGCUAUUGGCGAGCCAUUGCAGCAGCCAGAAGUCGACAUGGUCUUGACGGAAUGCUGUGAAGCCGAGGACGAAGACGGCUACAUCCAUUAUGAACCCUUCCUGAAGAAAAUGAUGGCUGGCGAACCGGCAGAAUAAUGAGCGCAACACGAAAUCAAAAAGAAAAUCAACUGAAUAAGGAGGACGUGCCUGAACAGCAGCAGCAGUGAACACCUGCUCUUGAUUUGAUCCAGUGCUCAUUUCUUUGGCCCAUUGCCAAAGAAUUACAAAAAAAAAAGAAACCAAGUCAAGAAGAACAUGUAUACUGUAUAAUGAGACUUUUUUUUUUGUCUGAGAUUCCUUUGUGCGUGCUGAACCUCGAGUGAACAGAAAAUAAAGGAAUAUUUGGCCCAGUUUCCGCUUCGAUACGA